GCGGGGGCCCAUGUGACCGGCUUAGACCGGUUCUGGAGACAAAAGGGGCCGCUGCGGCCGGAGCGGGACGGGUCCGGCGCGGGAGGGAGCGAAGCAGCGCGGGCAGCGAGCGAGAUGCAGCGCCGAGGCUUCCUCCUCCUCGCCCUCCUCGCCCUGCUGGCGCUCACCUCCGCGGUGGCCAAAAAGAAAGACAAGGUGAAGAAGGGCGGCCCGGGAAGCGAGUGCGGGGAGUGGAGCUGGGGGCCCUGCACCCCCAGCAGCAAGGACUGCGGCGUGGGUUUCCGCGAGGGAACCUGUGGGGCCCAGACUCAGCGUAUCCGGUGCAGGGUGCCAUGCAACUGGAAAAAGGAGUUUGGAGCCGAUUGCAAGUACAAGUUCGAGAACUGGGGAUCAUGUGAUGGGGGCACAAGCACCAAAGCCCGCCAAGGCACCCUGAAGAAGGCUCGUUACAAUGCCCAGUGCCAGGAGACCAUCCGGGUGACCAAGCCUUGCACCCCCAAGACCAAAGCCAAGGCCAAAGCCAAGAAAGGGAAGGGAAAGGACUAGAGGCUAAGUCUGAUGCCAAGGAGCCCCUGGCUUUAUCUGGGGUCUGGCCCAUUCCCUUCCCUCCUGCAGGUUCAAGAUAUAACCGACGAGUGCCUUUUUUCUACUCAUUAGCUUUAUGGAGCAUUCCCUGCCUCUCCCCUUUCACUCCCCCAUCCCCACCCCCAGCACCCAGAGCAGGGAGAAAUGUGGGCUUCUGGGAAACUUGAGCCUCCCCCCAAAGGGAUUUGAUUCUUGCUCCCACUUUUUUCUUCCCUGCAAUGAUACAGUCACUAAGAAACAAAAUAAACCGUGUUUUUUUUUCCUCCAAUAAAAUUUUUUUUCCUUUAA